AUGUCUGGUGGAUUAAUCGAUCAUAUUGUAACUGGCUCAGAACGGUUUCCUGGUCAUUUUAUUGGGUCAUUUCAUGAUAUUACCUUAUCAUCUGAAAUUAUUAAAUUUCUUGUUCAGUAUUAUUCAGAAAUUUAUCCAAAUUAUGACUUUUAUGAUGACAAUCAAUUACCAAAAUCAGAAAAAUCAACUCUUGUAUCUUCAACAGCUCAAAAUGAGAUAGUUAAUUGGCCAGGGAUAAUUAAAUUUUUUAUUGAAUAUCGGGUAUCUUUACCAAAUUCAAAAACUCCAACUAGCCAUUAUCUUGCUAUAGUUGAUUGGUAUAGAAGAGAUCCACAAAAACAAGGUUAUUUUUAUGUAAAAUCACGUGAAAAAAUAUUCAAAAAUAUAUUGUCUACAAAUGCCGAUGGAACUUACUAUGCAGAAUUGUGGGAAGACCGAUUCGUUGAGAGAGGAAUUGUAACGAUCUUACCAAUUCAAAGGAUUAUUGGUCGAUUUGUUAAGAGCAAUGGAAUCACGUUACCUGGAAGUAAAAAAAAAUUUGUCGCUAAUUUAAACACCCUUUCAACAAGUAUUGCUAGUUUAACUCAAAGCGUAAAUGAAAUGAAAACUAUUUUAAAUUCUUCAGAUAUGAAAAGUCAACUUGAGAUAACAAAAAAUUCAAUCGAUUCUUUAAAACGUCGAUUUGAUAUUUAUGAACAAAACCAGAAUGAGUUUGUAACUACUAUACAACAUAUUAGUAGUGAGCAUGGAAUUAAAAUACAACGCCUUGAAGAUACAUUAAUGACCGCAACUACUACAUUAGAAAAUUUAUUAACUUCUACUUCAGCACUUCAAGAUACUACGAACAAUAUGUUAUCCCAUAUUCAGA